UUUCGGGCCAGCCCCCCCCUGCUUCCCCCUCCCUCUGCCCCUAUCAGCAAUUCAGAUCGCCUGCAAAUCCAGCGCGCCCCCCCUGCCCUCGCCGGCGCUUCUCUCUCGCCAGGCUUUUUCUCACACUGGCAGAAGCGCCAGCGAGCAAAGGCGCAGAGGAAGAAGCCCUCUCCGCUCGCAGCUCCAUCUCGCCCUCCUCCUCCUCCUCCUCCUCUCCCCCCCCCCCUUGCAGGAUUUCUUCCUCUCCCCCCGCCCCUUUGCAACAAAAGUAACCAGACGCUCCGGCGGAGCCCAUGCAGUCCCCGGGCAGCUGCCGGGCUUGAGCCAGGGAAGCCUUCGCAGCCCCCCCGCCCGCCCGCCUCCCCGCAGACCCUCCUUUUGUGCCGCGAUGGGGCGGGAGACGCGACCCCCCCGGUGCCUGGCCGGCCUUUUCUUCGUCUUCCCGCUGCUGGCAUCGCGGCUGGGGACUUGCAGCGGCAGCUGCCCCGAGAGAGAGCUGGAGAGGCGGGAGGAAGAGGCCAACGUCGUCCUCACAGGCACGGUGGAGGAGAUCGUGAACGUGGACCCCGUGCACCAGACCUACUCGUGCAAGGUGAGGGUCUGGCGGUACCUGAAAGGCAAAGAAGUUGUGAAUCACAAGAUCCUUUUGGAUGGCGGGAACAAAGUGAUGAUUGGCGGGUUUGGAGACCCCUUGAUUUGUGAUAACCAGGUCUCUACGGGGGACACCCGGAUUUUCUUUGUCAACCCUGCCCCGCACCAUAUGUGGCCUGCGCAUAAGAACGAGCUGAUGCUAAACUCCAGCCUCAUGAGGAUUACUUUGCGCAAUCUAGAAGAGGUGGAACACUGUGUAGAAGACAAACCGGGCAACUACUUCCCCCAACCGCUGCCGACGCCCCAGGAUGUAUGCCGAGGGAUGCUUUGCGGGUUCGGCGCUGUGUGUGAGAGAAACCCCACGGACUCUUCGCAGGGCGUGUGUGUGUGCAAGAAAUCCACGUGCCCUUUGGUGGUGGCACCUGUCUGUGGCUCGGAUUAUUCUACCUACAGCAACGAGUGUGAACUGGAGAAGGCUCAGUGUAACCAACAGAGGCGGAUCAAAGUCAUCAGCAAAGGGGCAUGUGGUUCAAAGGACCCCUGUGCCGAGGUGACGUGCAGUUUUGGCAGCACCUGCGCCCGCUCCACAGAUGGGCAGUCAGCCAAGUGCAUCUGCCCGUCCUCGUGCAGCGGCGUGCCCGAGAACACCGUGUGUGGCAGUGAUGGCAAGGACUACCGCAGUGAGUGCCACCUCAACAGGCAUGCCUGCGACAAGCAGGAGAACAUCUUCAAGAAAUUUGAUGGGCCUUGUGACCCUUGCCGGAGCACCCAUAAUGACAUGAACCGAGUUUGCCGGGUCAAUCCCCGCACCCGACGUGCGGAGCUCCUGCCCCGGCCAGAAAGCUGCCCCCUGAAGCGGGAUCCGGUGUGUGGCGACGAUGGAGUCACCUAUGAGAACGAGUGCGUCAUGAUGAGGUCCGGCGCUGUUCGGGGAAUCGUGAUUCAGAAAGUGCGGUCUGGACAGUGUCAGUUUCAAGACAAAUGCAGGGACGAAUGCCGCUUUAAUGGGGUGUGCCUCAACCGCCGGGGGUCCGCCCGCUGCACUUGCGAGCGUAUCGCCUGCGACGGCUCCUACCGGCCUCUUUGCGGCAGGGACAGCAGGACUUACAACAACGAUUGCGAGCGCCAGAAGGCUGAAUGCCAGCAGAGAACCGCCAUCCCAGUCAAGCACGAGGGCCCUUGUGAUCUUGGUGCUCCCAGCCCCUGCCUGAGUGUCGAGUGCACCUUUGGGGCCACCUGUGUGGUAAAGAACCAGGAAGCGGUGUGUGAAUGCCAGCAGGUGUGUCAAACCGUUUACGAUCCUGUCUGCGGCAGCAAUAACCUCACGUACGGCAACCCCUGUGAGCUGGAAGCCAUGGCUUGUGCUCUCAGGAAGGAAAUCCGAGUGAAGCACAAAGGCCCCUGUGACCGCUGUGGAAAGUGUCGGUUUGGCGCCAUCUGCGAGGCAGAGACGGGGAGGUGCGUCUGCCCCACCGAAUGUGUUCCCUCCUCCCAGACGGUUUGCGGCACAGACGGAAACACCUACGGCAGCGAGUGUGAGCUCCACGUGAGGGCCUGCACCCAGCAGACCAACAUCGAGGUGGCGUCACAAGGAGACUGUAAGACCUGUGGGACAAUGGUGUGCUCCUUCGGAGCCAAAUGCAUGGGCGGGCAGUGCGUCUGCCCACGUUGUGAGAAGCAGCCCUUUGACCAAGUGUGCGGGAGCAAUGGUGUCACGUACGACAAUGCAUGUGAUCUGCGGGUGGCAUCCUGCCAGCAGAAGAAAGACAUUGAAAUCUCUAGGACGGGACCAUGUGAGGAUGAAUGUGGCUCUGGAGGAUCCGGGUCUGGAGACUCAAAUGAGUGCGACCGGGACAACUGCCGGCGGUACGGCGGAUCGUGGGAUGAGGAUGUGGAAGAUGACCGCUGCGUGUGUGACUUCACCUGUGGGUCUGUGCCGAGGAGUCUGGUGUGCGGCUCGGAUGGGGCAACCUACACAAAUGAAUGCGAGCUCAAAAAGACGCGCUGUGAGAAACGGCAGGAUAUUUAUGUCACAAGUCAAGGAGCCUGUCGAGGUGCACCAAGCCUUCCUCCUCCGCUUCAAGUCCUCCACUGUAGCCACACCGUAUAUGGAUGCUGUCCGGACAAUGUGACUUUGGCCCUUGGGGUCGGUUCCGCCGGGUGCCCAAGCACCUGCCAUUGCAACCCCUAUGGCUCCUACGGAGGUGGCUGCGACCCUGCCACCGGUCAGUGCUCCUGCAAGCCUGGUGUGGGGGGCCUGAAGUGUGACCGAUGUGAGCCUGGCUUCUGGAACUUCCGUGGUAUCGUCACCGACAGCCGGAGCGGCUGUACCCCCUGCCACUGUGACCCCGUGGGCUCUGUGCGUGAUGACUGUGAGCAGAUGACCGGCCUGUGCUCCUGUAGGACUGGCAUCACUGGCAUGAAGUGCAACCAGUGCCCUGAUGGCAGCACGCUGGGCAUGUCCGGCUGUGAAAAAGACCUUUCUGCACCCUCGUCCUGCACUGAAAUGACAUGUGAAUUUGGGGCAUCGUGCGUGGAAGUCAAUGGCUUUGCUCAUUGCGAGUGCCCGUCCCCGCUGUGUACAGAGGGCAACAUGACUAAGGUGUGCGGCUCUGACGGAGUGACCUACGGUGACCAGUGCCAGCUGAAAACCAUCGCUUGCCGGCAAGGACAGGUCAUCGAGGUGAAGCAUUUAGGUCAAUGCCAAGAAUCCAUCACGGUCGUCAGUCACACCACACCGCCAACAACCACACGCCCCCUGGACUCCCUUCUCCCUCCGCCGCCUCGGACUACCCCCCUCGCUUUUGAAACACCGAGGACAGCAGCCAGCUCCCGGCAUUUUGAAGUCGAGGCUUCCCCUCCAAUUCACCCAGUCACAAGGCGGACAACCACCACUCGCCCGGCCACAACAGCUUGGACAACACACGGUGUCCGCCGGACGACCAUCCGCCCCCUCUCGACAGCUCCUGUUGUCCCAGUCACCACCCAGCCCGCUUUUGUAGAAUCUGGCAGCGCAGAAGGUAGUGGAGACCAAGAAGUUGGCAUGAGUGGAGAUCAAGAAGCCAGUGGAUCAAAUUCUGUCGGGGACCAGGAGACGGGCGAGACAGAAGUCACAGGCGUUCCGACGAUAGAGAGAGCGACUUGCUAUAACACCCCGCUGGGGUGCUGCUCUGAUGGCAAAACGGCUGCUGCCGACGCGGAGGGAAGCAACUGCCCAGCGACCAAAGUGUUCCAGGGAAUCCUCAUCUUAGAAGAGGUGGAAGGACAAGAGCUCUUCUACACUCCCGAGAUGGCCGACCCCAAAUCGGAACUCUUCGGGGAAACUGCCAGGAGCAUUGAAAGCGCGCUGGACGAGCUUUUCCGCAAUUCUGAUGUAAAGAAGGACUUCAAGAGCAUCCGGGUGCGAGAUCUGGGCCAGAGCAAUGCUGUGCGCGUCAUCGUCGAAUCCCACUUUGACCCAACCACCACCUACACAGCUGCCGACAUCCAGAGGGCCCUUUUGAAGCAGAUCAAAGCCUCCAAGAAGAAGACCAUCUUGGUGAAACGGCCACAGCAGGAGAACAUCCGAUUCAUGGACUUUGACUGGAUCCCCCAGCUUUUCACCACCACCACCACUACCACAACAGCCACCACCAUGGCACCGCCUGCUGCCACCACCCGCCGGUUCACCACCACUGCUGCCCCCCGGGCUCUAUACCCAGGGAGAGCCAGUAAACCAGCCGGGGCAGCCACCACCAAGAGACCUGUCACUACGGUGCCAGCCACGACUGCCAGAAAGAAGCCCACGCACCCGCCUCCCACAAAGAAGCCCGCCCGGCCUUGUGAUUCUCACCCUUGCCUGCAUGGCGGCACGUGUGAGGAUGAUGGCCAAGACUUCACCUGCAGCUGCCCAGCCGGGAAGGGAGGAGCGGUCUGUGAAAAAUCCAUAAGAUACUUCAUCCCUAGCUUUGGUGGGAAAUCCUACUUGGCAUUCAAGACGAUGAAGGCUUACCACACGGUGCGCAUCGCCAUGGAAUUCCGGGCCUCCGAUCUCAGCGGGCUGCUCUUAUACAACGGGCAGAAUCGUGGCAAGGAUUUUAUCUCUCUGGCGCUGGUGAAUGGCUUUGUGGAGCUCAGGUUCAACACCGGUUCUGGGACUGGUGUGAUUACCAGCAGAGUGCCUGUUGAGCCUGGCAGGUGGCACCAGCUGGUGGUGAACCGGAACCGAAGGAACGGCAUGCUGUCCGUGGAUGGGGAGCCCCAUGUGAACGGCGAGAGUCCCAGCGGCACGGAUGGGCUGAAUCUCGAUACGGACCUCUUUGUGGGAGGGGCCCCGGAAGACCAAACAGCUGCGGUGGCUGAACGUACCUCGGUCACUUCCGGCCUGAAAGGCUGCAUCCGCCUGCUGGAUGUCAACAACCAGAUGUACGACCUGCGGGAGAAGGGCAGCGAUGUGCUAUACGGGAGCGGAGUGGGCGAAUGCGGCAACAACCCUUGUCAUCCCAACCCGUGCCACCACGGUGGCCUCUGCCGUGUCAAGGAGGCGGAGAUGUUCCAUUGCGAGUGCCUCAAUGGCUAUACAGGACCAACCUGCGCUGAUGAGAGAAACCCCUGUGAUCCCAACCCCUGCCAUGUGUCUGCCACCUGCCUCGUCCUGCCGGAAGGGGGUGCGAAGUGCGAAUGCCCCAUGGGGCGAGAAGGGGAGUUCUGUGAGACAGUCACAGAGCUCGACCAGACGCUGCCCUUCCUGCCAGAAUUCAACGGAUUCUCUUACCUGGAGUUGAAAGGUCUCCAAACUUUCGUGCCUGAUCUACAGGACAAGAUGACCAUGGAAAUUGUGUUCCUGACCAAGUCCCCCAGCGGCAUGAUCUUCUACAAUGGGCAGAAAACAGACGGCAGAGGGGACUUCAUCUCCCUGGCCCUGCACGACGGCUACCUGGAGUACAGAUAUGACCUUGGCAAAGGCGCGGCUGUGAUCAAGAGCAAGGAGCCAGUACUACUCAACAUCUGGAUCAAUGUCUUGCUGGAGAGAAACGGGCGCAAAGGAGUAAUGCGGAUCAACAAUGGUGAACGGAUCAUGGGGGAGUCUCCGUUGCCUCAUGCCUUCCUGAACCUGAAGGAGCCCCUGUAUGUGGGGGGAGCGCCCGAUUUCAGCAGACUGGCCCGUGCAGCAGCCAUCUCCACCAGCUUUGAUGGGGCCAUCCAGAGGAUUUCCAUAAAGGGUAUCCCAGUCCUAAAGGAAGAGUACAUCUUCAGCGCCAUUGAGAUCUCUACCUUCCACUCUCACCCAUGCACUCAGAAGCCGAGCCCUUGCCAGAAUGGGGGCAUGUGCAAUCCGCGCAUGGAGAGCUAUGAAUGCACGUGCCAGAGGGGCUUCUUUGGUGCACACUGUGAAAAAGUCAUCAUCGAAAAGGCGGCGGGAGAUUCGGAAGCCAUUGCCUUUGACGGCAGAACGUACAUAGAAUACCAUAACGCUGUGACCAAGAGCGAGAAGGCCCUGCAGUCGAACCAUUUUGAGCUGAGCAUCAAAACUGAAGCCACGCAAGGCCUCAUCCUCUGGAGCGGGAAAGGGCUGGACCGUUCAGAUUACAUUGCCUUGGCUAUUGUGGACGGUCACGUCCAGAUGACCUACGACCUUGGCUCCAAGCCUGUGGUCCUGCGUUCCACGGUCCCCGUCAACACAAACCAAUGGAUCCAAAUCAAAGCCUACAGAGUUCACCGUGACGGGUCCCUGCAGGUUGGCAACGAGGCCCCCAUCAUGGGCUCCUCUCCUCUGGGAGCAACGCAGUUGGACACAGACGGGGCCCUUUGGCUGGGAGGAUUGGAGAAGCUCAGCGUGGCCCAUAAACUCCCCAAAGCCUACAGCACGGGAUACAUCGGCUGCAUAAGAGACGUCAUAGUGGACCGCCAAGAACUCCAUUUGGUGGAGGAUGCGCUCAACAACCCCACCAUAUUAUACUGCUCAGCCAAAUGAAAUGGCGAGAGGCUCUUCCCUCCUUCCUUCCACCCCCCCCUUUCCCUCCUUCCCUCUCUCUCUCCCCCCCUCCGCCUCCUGGCUAUUGCUGUAAUUAUUUUCUAUUUUUGUAAACUUAUUGCUUUUUAUAUUUUUGUGGGGGAGGGGAGGGGAGAAGCAGAGAGGAGAGGAGGACGAAGACAAAACUUUGGGGGGGGGGCUGUUUAUUUUUUGGUUACUCGUUCGGUUGCAGCGUUUCUCUCAUCCAAGCCAGUUGGACUCUCAAGAAGGAGCCAACCCCGCCCCCCGCCCCCAAUUUAAAAACCUCCAGGAUGUGACCAAGAAAGAGACCAAUUUUCUCCCACCCCUUUUGAUGUCAUCCUCUGCUGUAAAUGUCAUUCAUACUUGAAACUCCCCCCCCCCCCCCGACCUCCCAUUGGUUUGAGAUCAAGAUCCUCCAAGAGAAAAUGAGCAUUUCUCAGCGCCGACUGAAGCCUUCGAGGAAGCAAAAGGCCAGCACCUGGACUGCAACAAAGACACAAGAGUUGCUUGUAUGACUUGAGGGGGGGGAGCUUAUGGCUGGUACCACAAGUUGGCAAGUUGGGGCAACCGACACGGCUCGGAGUCAAGUGGGGCCUGAUGAGGAAGCGCGAGGAAACGGGACAAAAGUCCUCGAAUGAGCCUCACUUGGUUUUUGCUUUGCCCUUAGCCGAAACCUUAACUAGUCUUGCUAUUACCCUGUACUCACAAUUCAGGUGACAAAAGGCUGGAUUUUUUUGUUUGUUUUGCUUUGUUUUUAACGUUCUUCCAGAGCAGACCUCUGAGUGAACGGAGGAUUCUAAUAUAGUAGCGAUGACGGGCCCAAAUACGGAUGAGUGCGUACUAUAAAGUUGUGAGUUUAUAUGUA